AUGCCCCCAGACUCCAAGACCAAAAUCCGACCCCAGCAAUCAUGUCUGAAGUGUCGCGAACGCAAGGUCAAGUGCGACCGCUCUAUACCCUGCCACGCGUGUAUCAUCCGCGGAAUCGAGGCCGAAUGCACAUACACCGCCACGGCCGAAGACCGCGCCCACAUCAGCCAGGCGGAUAUCAUCGAGCGCCUACGCCGGGAAGUCUCACAGCUACGCGGGAAGCUGAACCAGCCGCGCGAACAGAAUCGACCGCCGAAGAGCUGGCGCGCACAUCCGUAUGCGCCGGCUUCCGGCUCCAAAUAUAAGAAUAAUGCGCAUGGGGAGAGGGAGGGGAGUUGGAGCGGGAGCUCGCCUUCGUCGACGACGAUGACGGGGUCUGCGAAUGUUACCAGUCCUGAUAGCACGGGGAGCGAUAAUGGAGCCUCGGUCUCUUCGCGGUCUGUGUCUAUGUCUGUGUCUGUAUCUGCUUCGGGUUCGGUGCCUGCGCCGGCCGCACCGUCGGCCUCUGCGGUCACGCCGUAUUCGUAUGCGCCACAGGCUGAGGAGGGGCCGAUUGGUGGACUGUCUGAUCUACCUCCUUGUGCAAGUACAAAUCUACCGUACGGGGGAUUUGCGGAUCUCAACGUCCCGAUGCAGGGUCCGGUGCACGGACUGACCGACACGAUGCCGUCAGCUCUCUACAUGCCCGACAACCCUCUUUACUACCCAACCUACGCCCCAAUGCCAUCUUACACAGACCCAAUACCAGAACCCCAGUGGAAAGGAACAUACGGGGAUAUGAGCCAACUACCGACUGUACCGGUGCAGCCAUAUGCGUCUCAGUAUUCGUCUAUGAACUCUUACGGCAUGGCCAGCACUAGCGCCAGCGCCAGCGCCAGCGCCAGCAUGAAUACAACCACAAAUCCAAACCAAGCAGAUGCAUCUCUAUCCAGCGAUACAUCCAGCCACGCGAGUCCCAUUUCCGACCGUCUCUCGCCGACAAUCAUGAACUCUAUACCGAGUUCUUGGAGGGGCGAAGGCAAAAAAGCCGUGUUGGAAGCCUUGCUUGAAACCAUCAGCAGUUGUGACGAAAGUCAGGUCUCGCAGGUGAUUCAUGUAGUUCGCACGAGCCCGACGCCCGAAGACGCCGUUUCGGGCAUUUGCCAGGUCCUCGGGCUUGGGAAUGGAUGGUGA